GCCCGUCGCAGGCGGCGGGAGAGAGGGCGGGGAAAAGGGGCCUCGCCGCGGGAGGAGCGGCGCGGUGUCGGCAACAUGGCAGCGUCCAGCCGUGCCCAGGUGCUGCGGCUGUACCGCGCCCUGCUGCGGGAGAGCCAGCGCUUCGGCAGCUACAACUACAGGGAGUCAUGGAACACAGAACUAUCAAACAGCCUCAAGAUUGCUGCCCCUUUUUCUUGUGGGAACUUCAAUUUACCAGAUGUCUGCUGGGAAUAUAAUGCCACAGAGAGGAAGGAGUCUAGGAGGUUCCUGGAGUGUGUGGAGGAUAAAUUCCUAAUGCAGCUGGUGAGGGAACCAGACAGGGAAGGCACCCCACUGGAUCUGUUGUUUGCCAAGAGAAAAGGAGUGUUGUGUGAUGAGAAGAUUGGAGGACGCCUUGGGCACAGCAGUCCUGAAAUGACAGAGUUAGCAAUUCUCGCAGAAGUAAGGAGGAGGAUCAGCACAACUGAUCCCCCUUGGACUUCCAGAGGGCAGAUUUGGGCCUGUUGAGGAGACCUGUUCAGAGAGUCACCUGGGGGACAGCAGUGUCCAGGAAGGCUGAACAUUCUUCGGGACAGAAAUCUUCAAGGCACAGGAGCAGACUGUCCCCAUGUGCUGGAAGAUGAGCUAGCAGGGAAGAAAAGCAGCCUGGCUGAACAGAAAGCUUUGGAGGGAACUCAGGAGAAAAAAAAAAUUAGUUUACAGAGUUUUUGACCUGUAGAGGAAAUGGCAGACUAUGCCAGAGAGCUCCAUGGAUGUCGUGAAAUUAUGCAGAGAGAAAAUUAGAAGAGCCAAACCCUAGCUGGAACUUUAUCUGGCUACUGCCAUAAAAGAAAAUAAAAAAUGUUUCUAUAGAUAGAUCAGCAACAAAAGAAAGGCUAAGGAGACGUCCAUCCUGUGUUAGUUGCAGAGGUAAACAUAGUGACAAAGGAUGAGGGAAAGGCCAAGGUACUUAGCACCCCCCUUUGCUUCAGUCUGAAUAGUGAGACUUCUCUAGAUAACCAGUUCUAGAAUAGAAAGUUCUAGAGUAGAAAGCUUCUAGAAUAGAAUUUUUUUAAAACCACUCUUUUAUAGAAAUCAGUUUCUUUCUCUUACUCCCAGCAUACCUUGUUUGGUCACUUUAAUGGGGAAAUCUUACUUUGCUUUUAGUCUCUGUGCUAUAGAAUCCUGUCAGUGUUAUAUUUUGCACCUUCAUCACUUAGGUAUUUUAACAGCAGUGUUAAAAUUUUAUGUGUGACAGUUAUCCAAGCUGAAUAAGCCUUUUGCUCACUGGAUAUCCUAAUGAAGUUUGUGAUUGACAAGGACUGCCAGCAGACUGUUUGUUCAUGUUUCUGUGUGUCGGGCAGGGAAAAAAGUGUAAAGGGUAAUUAAACAAAAAAAAGUUCGAGACAAUAAUGAGAAAAGAGAGGCAUGGUCUUCUGACCAAAAUGGUAGUUUGUAACUGAGAAAAGAAAUGCAGGAAAAAAAUGAAGUUGUCAGUUCUGUCCAGCAGAGAUAUCUUACUUCUUUGUAGGUGUACGGUGACAGAAUUCCAGUUUAUAUUAUCUGUUUUUCCUCAGCUCUGCAAAGAAGGCAAAUAACUUAUUUUUUGUUCUCAUA